AACUCCAAUAGAGUGGAGAAGCAGAAGAUCCCGCUGACCUGCAGUCCGGCGCUCCGCAGCUGGAGCUGAACCGCCGCAGUUCACGUGUAGUUUAAUCAUUCCGCUGAAAUAAAGACUGUUUCACUGACCUGUAGUGGAUCGGCUGGACAGACGCUCGCUUUCUGAAAGAAGUGAAUGAUGUUCUGUUUCAAGUCAUCUGCUACGACCAAGAGGACACCAUUAACAUGCUGAACACAAGAGUGGUUAAAUCUGAAAACAUGGCAUCCACAAUAAGCCCGUGUAUUGAGCAGAUGUCUUCUGGUAGUUCCUGCAUUAAGGCAUCUCACAGGCAAAUACAGAUAAAUACAGAAAAGGAGAAACCUCACCGCUGCUCAGAGUGUGGGAAGAGUUUUAGUCAACGGAAUCGUCUCCGAACGCACCAGCGCAUCCACACAGGAGAGAAACUGUAUCAUUGCUCAGAGUGUGGGAAGAGUUUCACUCUACAGAGUACGCUCCAACUCCAUCAUCGCAUUCACACUGGAGAGAAGCCGUAUCAGUGCUCAGAGUGUGAAAAGAGUUUUAAUGUGGAGAGUAAUCUCCAAAAACACCAGCGUGUUCACACUGGAGAGAAACCGUAUCAGUGUUUAGAGUGUGGAAAAGCUUUCAGUCAGCAGAGUCAUCUCCAGCAACACCAGCGCAUUCACACUGGAGAGAAACCUUAUCAGUGCUCCGAGUGUGGGAGGAGUUUUACUCAGAGUACUCUCCACAGGCACCAGCGUGUUCACACAGGGGAGAAACCGUAUCAGUGUUCAGAAUGUGGAUUACAUUUUAGACAUAGAGAGACCCUUAAAAAACACCAGCGUGUUCACACAGGAGAGAGACCAUAUCACUGCUCAGAGUGUGGGAAGAGUUUUAAUCAACAGAGUCAUCUCCAACUACACCAGCGUGUUCACACGGGAGAGAAACCGUAUUACUGCUCAGAGUGCGGGAAGAGUUUUCGAGAUGGAAGUGCUCUAAAAGCACACCAGCGCGUUCACACCGGAGAGAAGCCAUAUCACUGCUCAGCGUGUGGGAAGAGUUUUAAUCAGCAGACGACCUUCCAACGUCACCAGCUCGUGCACACGGGGGAGAAACCGUUUCGCUGCUCGGAGUGUGGAAUAUGUUUCAGGGAAAGAGGGACUCUAAAAAAACACCAGCGUGUUCACACAGGAGAGAAGCCAUAUUACUGCUGUGACUGUAACCAGAGCUUCAGGCACUCGAGUGCUUUAAAGACACAUGAACGCCUGCACAACAAGGAGAGGCCUCACCACUGCUCGCAGUGUGGGAAGGGUUUUACCCAACAGAGUGCUCUCCACCGACACCUUCGCAUUCACUCAGGAGAGAAGCCAUAUUACUGUUCACAGUGUGGGAAGAGCUUUACUCGACAGAGUCACCUGCAGGAACACCAGCGCAUCCACACAGGAGAGAAGCCGUAUCAUUGCUCGGAUUGUGGAAAGAGCUUUACUGUACAGAGUACUCUCAAAGAGCACCAGCGCAUCCACACAGGAGAGAAACCGUAUUGCUGCUCAGACUGCGGGAAGAGUUUUUCUCGACACAGUCAUCUCCAAGAACACCUGCGGAUACACACAGGAGAGAAGCCGUACCGCUGCUUGGAGUGUGGGAAGAGCUUUAAACAGCAGAGUACUCUUUAUCAACACCAGCGUGUUCACACAGGAGAGAGACCGUAUCACUGUUCAGAGUGUGGAAAGAGUUUUAAUCAGCAGAGCACUCUCCAAGAACACCUGCGCACUCACACAGGGGAGAAGCUUUACCACUGCUCGGAGUGCGGGAAGAGGUUUAAUCGGCAAAGUAGUCUCCAAGAACACCUGCGCAUUCACACAGGAGAGAAGCCGUAUUACUGCUCUGAGUGUAGCCGGAGCUUUAGACAUAUGUGUACUCUUAAGACACACAAGUGCACUAAGAAUGAGACGAAUCAUGACAUAGACUCCUGAGCCCUGUCUGCCCACAUUACUAUUGACUGUACUGGAGCUGUUUAGCUGCUACACUUCAGCGGGUAAGAAGUCCCACUGACUGGCUCUCAGACAAAACUCAGUAUUGUACUUCACUCAGCCUACCCAUCGUUUUGUGCCCAUAUUACAUUGUUAUUGGGCAAAAAGGACUGAUGACCUGUGGGAUAUAAUGAUUGCCAAUACAUUUUGGAUCUGAGUUUUGAGAGAGGCUUUCUUUUUCCUCUUGCUCCCACCAUCCUGUCAUGACUGUCAUGGUGAAUCAACACUGUUGGAUUGUAAGCUGCAGUGCAGGACACAGAUUGGCCUGGGCUGCCCUGAUGUCAUGGAAUCGGAGAACCACCUUAGCCUGAGUCAGCGAGACUCAGAAAGCGACUGGUUUAUUUUUCUAUCUGAGGAAAAAAUAAUAUAUAUUUAGUCUGUGUUAAAGUGAGCUUCACACCAAAGCUUAUAUUUCUAGCUCCGUUUGGUUCAUUAAGAAACAGAAUAAUCCAGACAUCUUAAGGAUGUUGCUAGAUUUGGUCUUCCUGUUACAUUUGAUAUUUUCAUGUGUAGAUGAACUAUUUUUGGCCUAGUGCAAACUCAAUGACACGGCCAAAUGUCAUUUUAUGGUCACAGUUCAAAUAUCUUGAGGUGAAUUUAAAUAUUUUCUUAGAGAUCCUGCUCUGCUGAGUCUUCGCUUAUCUGCAUUGACAACCAUUGUACAGUGAACUGAAGCUGCUGUCAGCUGCUGAAUUUGCUAAAAGUUCAGUUUUCUCAAAGUGUUUGCCAUUAACAACACCAGUAUGUACAGCUAACAUUUAAUAUUUUAAUUGUUUGUGUUUGUGUUGGAGUUUUGAACACCUUUACAACCUCAUUUACCAAAAAGUUGAGAUCUUGUGCAAAAUGGGAAAAAAGUGUCAUGAUGUACAAAUCAUUUAAAUUUCAUUAAAUUAUUAAUUUA